CAGGAGAAGGCGUUUCCAGACAUCACGUGAUAAAUCAAAAAGGGGAGAGGUUAUUUAUUUGGAGGGAAGGAAACUUCUGGUUUCAUUUUGUACCACAGAACUGACAGUGGGAUGUUUUGAGGACCAAACAGCUCAUUUAUUUAUUGUUCACUUUCACUGUCUUUAGUCUGUAUCUGUCUUUUCUGUUGAGUAAAACAUUUUGCAGCAUUUUACUUUGAGACCUUUGCAGAGCUACACUGUCCAAAUCAUCUUGAGGAAAUAUAAUGGCUGCUUCUACAUUGCUGGACAAACCAUGGAGGGAACUACGAUGGGGAGAGAAGGAGAAGGAACUUCAGUAUGUGAAGGAGUACAAACCUGAAAUUGAAGACGUUAAGCAUCUUCGAGUCCUCAUGUUUGGACAUGUUGGAGCCGGAAAAUCCAGUUUCAUCAACUCCGUCAGUAACGUCCUCCGAGGCCGAAUGUCCAUUCCUGCUUUGACCAGUGCGACCACCUCCGACAGAAGCUUCACCAUAAAAUAUGAAACUUAUAAAAUCCAAGUAGGACGAGGAACUUCAAAGACAUUUCUUCCUCUGGUUUUCAACGACGUCAUGGGUCUGGAAGACGGGAACAACAGUGGGAUUCAUGCUAGCGACAUCACAUUGGCUAUGAAAGGACACGUAAUGGAGGGUCACAAGUUUAACCCAGUAGGCCCACUGACUAAAGGCGAUUAUGGUUACAACCCAAAUCCCUCACUUAAUGACAAGGUUCAUGUCCUGGUCUGUGUGAUGUCUGCCAACGCUUCACAGAUUAAUGCUUCAGUUCUGCAGAAGAUGAAGGAGGUCAGAGAAACAGCCAGUAAACUGGACAUUCCUCAGAUGGCCAUGAUGACCCACAUCGAUGCUGCCUGCGGGGAAAUAGAGAAAGACGUGAAGAAUGUUUACAGAAGCAAACACUUGCAAAAAAAGAUGAAAGACUUCAGUGCAGCAGUGGGAAUCCCUAUGAACUGCAUCUUCCCAGUGAAGAACUACAGCGAAGAAAUCAACAUGAAAAACGAUGUUGACAUCCUGAUCUUGAGUGCCCUGAGGAAAAUGGUUGACUUUGGAGACGACUUCAUUGAGAAACAUUUAAAUUGAUAUUAA